UAGGCGCACAUGUUCACGAUUGAUGUUUUCUCGAUUGUCGAGGUUACCGUGGACUAAAUGGGCUUUAGCCCACUAGGGAACUAAGUAAAAAAAAGGGCUUAAAUUGCGACAAAAAAGUUAAAUACUUCAAGAAAAAUGGAUCAAAGUGACAGUGAGGACGAAUACACGACUCCUUCCGAGAUUAUCGCUGAGACAGAAAGUGCAACAGAUCACUCACUGCUACCAAAAUCUCGAGGAAAGUAUAUGAUAGCUUACAAUGCUUUCAUGAAGUGGAGAGAAGAAAAACACAUCAAAUCUGUUUCAGAGAAGAUUUGCAUAGAAUACUUCAGCGAAAAAUCGAAAACCGUGAAACCAUCGAGUCUUUGGGCGACUUAUUCAAUGUUAAAGUGUACCAUGAACCUUAACGAAAAAGUUGAUUUGGGGAAAUACAAGGAGCUCAAAACGUUUCUUAAAAAAAGUUCAAAAGGUGUUUGGAACAAAAAAUCGAAAAUAUUCACGUCACAUCAAGUCCGACGAUUUUUGACUGAGGCUCCGGAUGAACAAUUUUUGGCAGCAAAGACAAUUUUGGUGUUUGGCAUAUCGGGUGCAUGCUACACAAAUGAAUUGAUAAACAUAACAUCAAAAGACAUCGAAAAACAAGGUGAAAUUUAUUUGGUGAGAAUUCCCAAGGCUCAGAAUUCUGCACCAAGAACUUUUAAAAUAAUUGGAGAAUUUGCCAAAAUUGUACAAAAAUACGUUGAUUUACGUCCUGCCAACACAACAUCGGAUCGCUUUUUUCUCAAUUUCCAAAAUAACAGAUGCACCAAUCAAGUUAUUGGAAUGAAUAAAUUCGGAAAAACUCCGCAAAAAAUAGCUGAAUAUCUUGGGCUUGAUGAUGCAAAACUUUACACUGGCCACUGUUUUCGCCGUACAUCCGCGAAUCUUUGGGUUGAUGAAGUAGCCGAUAUUGAAGGGUUAAAGGGACGUGGAGCAAGGGAAUCAAAUACCGGGCCGAUUAUUCAAGAAAAAGUUUUCACUUUGAACGAGAACCUCAACGGCCCACAAACGUUUAAAAGAAGCAAUGGUUCGGUCGAAGGUUUCAAGAAACAGUACGGUACUCAAAGUAGUCGAAAGGAAGUAGAUAUAUUGUCCAAUAAUCCUUCAGACACUGCAGAAUUUUCGCCAAUUUUGAAAGCAGAAAUCCAUUCGAAAUAUUUGAAGCUAGACAACAUUUACAAUGCCGACGAAUCAGGAAUUUUAUGGCGAAUAUUGAUGGCGUGCACUUUUCCUCUACAUUCAGAGGAAAAAGAAGCUUUGGAGAGAAAAGGAAGCAAAGAUCGUGUCACAGCUUUAUUCUGUGCCAAUGCCUCUGGAAGUCAUCGAAUUCCACUCUUGUUAAUUGGAAAAGCGGAAACACCGACAUGUCUCAAAAAUUUAAUAACCACAAAUUCAAGAGAUCAACGUUUUAAAAACUUGGACAGUCUGGGUGUCAUCUACACACAUCAAGCCAGUGCAUGGAUGGACAAGUCUAUAUUCUUGCUGUGGUACAAGGAUGUGUUUAUUCCGCGAGUUUUAGGACGCCAAAGAAAGGAUGGAAUAACGGGAAAGGUUGUUUUGCUCCUCGAUAAUGCUCCAUGCCAUCCGAGUUUGGACGAACUCAACGCAGUAAACGAAAACUUUGAAGUCGUAUAUUUGCCUCCGAAUGUCACUGCGUCGAAUCAACCCAUGGCUCAGGGAUUAAUCGGGACGACAAAGAAACUCUACAAGAAAAAUUUGUUGAGACGCCUAUUGAUCAGUGAAAAACCAGAAGGAGCUAUUCGGUUUUUAAAAGAAUUAGACCUUCCGGAUUGUUUUGGCAUGCUCAGCCUCGCCUGGGACGCUGUGAAAUCAUCUACUCUUCAAAAAGCAUGGAAACCGCUCUUGAGCGACUCUCUCCUUCUUGCUCGACAAGAGACCAAUAUAAAACUAGAAAAAGAAAAGGAUCCGCUAUCCAUCGAUGAUGCAGUUGAAACGGAAUUCCCAACUGAUUUAAUUAGUCUGCCUCAUGAGAUUUGCGAUCAAGUUUCUGAAUUGUUGUCGGGACCAGACUAUUCUGUCCAAGAAUCAAGAGAAUUUCUCCUGAAGUGGUUUGAAAAUGAUGACAAUGAUAACGAUUGCGGUUGGGAGUUAUCAUCUGACAAUGAUACUGCACAUUUUGUUACAGGUGGUAGACUCGUGUCUCAGAUUGAAAUUAAAAUGGAAAACAGUGAAACUAUGUUUGAACAUCCGGAUAUGGCAAACUUUGUUGCACUUGGUAGAAUAGCGCCUGAAAUUGAAAUUAAAAUCGAAAACAGCGAAACUAUUCUUGAAAAUCCAGAAUCUAUGGAAAUAACGUCAGAGGUCGUGACUGAAAUUUUACCUAAAAUUGAAAAGAGCGAAAUUAUGUGUGAAAAUUCGGAAUCUAUGAAAGAAACGUCGUCGUCAGAGGCUUUUGGCUGCCUCAUGAAGUUUAAAAAUUGGGCGAAAUCGCGAGCAGACUGUUUACCGAAACACCUUGAUUGUAUUAAAGAAUUAGAGAACUUGGCAAUCGAACGCAAAGUAUGUCAAGUUAAAUUUUAGAUCUAGUAAUGUUCAGGAAUUUUCAAGGUUUUUCUAAGUUAUGUUGACAACAUUUUAUUGAAAUCAACUACAAAGAUUCGAUUAUUAUCUAUUUGUGGGUACUUUUUCAUUCAAAAAUAUUGAAAACUGGGGAAAAUGUGGCUGGUGCGACAAAACACGUUUAAAAAAAUAUAUUAUUACUUUCGGUGGACAUGAUACAUCUGGAACUGAUUCUCUCAAAUCAAAAAGCCAACCAGAUUUCCUAAGUAUAUUCUUAUACGGAAUUCGCGAAAGAAGGAUUUAGCAAAUUUUGAAUUAAAAAAAAAAAAAUGACAAAGUUUUUCCCCAAAAAUUCGUGUAUUCGUCAACAAACAAAAAAA